CGUUUCAUUGGUGGAAACAACAGAUUGACACACUCCAGUACUCAACCGGGUCUACGGGAAUUGAAUAUAUAAUUAUUAUUCAGAGUUUUCUCGAAAAUUACAAUCCUCUCUACUCUUUCUCCGAUCUACUCUCCGGCGAGCCACCGUUAAGAUUCCCGAUGAUGAGAGACCGGCAGCUAUUCUCCGCCGUUUUGCUUAUCUUAGCUUUCGUUUCGCUCCAGAAGCUUUGCUACUGCGACGAUCAAACGGUGUUGUAUGAAUCGUUCGAUGAGGCAUUUGAUGGCCGUUGGAUCGUUUCGAAGAAUGGCGAUUACGAAGGUGUGUGGAAGCAUGAGAAGAGUGAGGGACAUGAUGAUUAUGGACUUCUAGUAAGCGAGAAGGCUCGUAAGUACGGUAUAGUGAAAGUUCUCGACGAGCCACUAAACCUCAAGGACGGAACCAUUGUUCUUCAGUACGAGGUUCGUUUCCAGGAAGGGCUUGAGUGUGGUGGUGCUUACUUGAAGUACCUCCGUCCUCAAGAAGCUGGAUGGACACCUGAGGGAUUCGAUAGUGAAUCUCCUUACUCUAUCAUGUUUGGACCCGACAAGUGUGGAGCUACGAACAAAGUUCAUUUCAUUUUGAAGCACAAGAACCCCAAGAGCGGCGAGUACGUUGAGCACCACCUCAAGUUCCCUCCCUCUGUUCCUUAUGACAAGCUUUCCCAUGUCUACACCGCCAUCUUGAAGCCAGACAACGAGGUUAGGAUUUUGGUUGAUGGAGAGGAGAAGAAGAAGGCCAACUUACUCUCUGGAGAAGACUUUGAGCCUGCUUUGAUCCCUGACAAGACCAUCCCUGACCCUGAAGACAAGAAACCAGAAGACUGGGAUGAGAGAGCCAAGAUUCCUGACCCUAACGCCGUGAAGCCUGAGGACUGGGACGAGGAUGCACCCAUGGAGAUAGAAGACGACGAAGCUGAGAAGCCCGAAGGAUGGUUAGAUGAUGAGCCUGAGGAGGUGGACGACCCAGAGGCGACCAAACCUGAAGACUGGGACGAUGAGGAAGAUGGUAUGUGGGAGGCACCAAAGAUUGACAACCCCAAGUGUGAAGCAGCACCAGGAUGCGGUGAAUGGAAGAGACCCAUGAAGAAGAACCCAGCUUACAAGGGCAAGUGGAGUGCACCUAUGAUUGAUAACCCUGCUUACAAAGGAAUCUGGAAGCCCAGAGACAUCCCUAACCCUGACUACUUUGAGCUAGACAGACCUGACUACGAGCCCAUUGCAGCUAUCGGUAUAGAGAUCUGGACGAUGCAAGACGGUAUCUUGUUUGACAACAUUUUGAUAGCGAAAGACGAGAAGGUCGCUGAGAGUUACAGACAGACAACGUGGAAGCCUAAGUUCGAUGUUGAGAAAGAGAAACAAAAGGAGGAAGAGAAGGCUGCUGAAUCUGCAGAUGGUCUUAAGAGCUACCAGAAGGUUGUGUUCGAUCUGUUGAACAAGGUUGCAGACAUUUCCUUCCUAAGUGCCUACAAGUCCAAGACCACAGAAUUGAUUGAGAAAGCUGAGGAACAACCAAACUUAACCAUUGGUGUCCUAGUCUCCAUUGUUAUAGUAUUCUUCUCGCUCUUCAUCAAGCUUAUCUUCGGUGGCAAAAAGGCGUCGGCGGCGGCGAGUGUGGAGAAGAAGAAACCAGAAGUAGGAGAGAGCUCAAAGAGUGGAGAUGAGUCGGAGAAGAAGGAAGAAACCGCUGCUGCUCCCCGCAAAAGGCAACCGAGACGUGAUAAUUAGAAGGAAGUGUUUUAGAAUUGAGAAGAACAGUGUUUGAAAGGAAAGAUAAGAUUUUCUUUUAUGUUGUUUUUGAUUUUAUUUGUGUUUUCUGCUGUAGCAUAUUAAGAUAGAAUUGUGCUGUGUUUCGGAUCAACUGUUAUCGGUCAUCGCUGAAAACUUAUUUUUAUCGUUUACUUUCCACUAAAUUUGGAGAGGAAACAUUUGAUAUUUGUAGAUUCAUUCGAGUUGAAUAGACAUCUGUUCAGUGUUCAA